GUAAUGGCGAUCGGCGGCUUGAUUAUCUCGACGGCCGGCCAGUUUUUCCCGCCUAAAAUAUCUCGGAAAAAUAACGCGCCAUCCCGUUUUAACUUUGACGCAGAAAAGUCGAAUUCUAGAAUAAAAUGGAGUCCUGUUUCCCUAAACUCCUAAACCUUCUAUUUAAGGCUCGCAAUUUAAUCGGAGUUGCAACCAUCGGGUCUUCCUCCGCCGCUGCCACCGACGCUAUUAUAUCCUCUCCCAAGUUCUCAACUACCGCAGCCGCCGCCGCCGCUAUGGAUGAUCUCCAAACCCUGAAAACCCGCCUCUGCAUCAUUGGUAGCGGUCCUGCAGCGCAUACAGCCGCCAUCUAUGCUGCCCGUGCGGAACUGAAACCUCUCCUUUUCGAAGGAUGGAUGGCCAACGACAUUGCUGCUGGUGGCCAGCUUACUACCACCACCGAUGUGGAGAACUUUCCGGGUUUUCCUGAAGGUAUUCUAGGGUUUGAACUUAUGGAGCGAUGUAAGAAUCAGUCGCUUCGAUUUGGUACUCAGAUCUUUUCUGAAACUGUUACCAAAGUUGAUUUUUCAUCAACUCCUUUUAAAGUAUUUACCGAUUCAAAAUCUGUUAUUGCUGAUUCUGUUGUCGUUGCUACCGGCGCCGUGGCGAGGCGGUUACAUUUCCCCGGAUCUGAUGACGGAAAAUUAGGGUUUUGGAACAAGGGUAUUUCGGCUUGUGCUGUUUGUGACGGUGCUGCACCGAUUUUUAGAGGUAAGCCACUGGCAGUGAUUGGUGGGGGUGAUUCUGCCAUGGAAGAAGCCAAUUAUUUAACCAAGUAUGGAUCAAAGGUUUACAUCAUUCAUAGGAGAGGUGAGUUUAGGGCUUCAAAAAUCAUGCAACAGAGGGCUAUGGGUAACCCUAAAAUCGAGGUUGUAUGGAACUCAGCGGUGGUGGAGGCUUAUGGUGCAGAAGGAAAAUCUCUUCUUGGAGGAUUGAAAGUGAAGAAUGUUGUGAGUGGUGAGAUUUCGAAUUUAGAGGUAUCUGGUUUGUUUUUCGCAAUAGGUCAUGAGCCAGCUACCAAGUUCUUGGAUGGUCAGUUGGAACUCGAUUCCGAAGGAUACGUUGUGACUAAGCCUGGAACAACCCUCACAAGUGUAAAGGGUGUCUUUGCUGCUGGAGAUGUUCAGGAUAAGAAGUAUAGGCAAGCUAUUACUGCUGCAGGCUCUGGGUGCAUGGCAGCCCUGGAUGCAGAACAUUACCUACAGGAAAUUGGAUCGCAGGAAGGGAAGAGUGAUUGAUUAAUGCAAGAUUCUUGAUGCAUUUAUGAAGAAUUAUUUUCAUUCUUCAACAUCAAAAGGAUAAGUUCUGUUAUUGGUAUGCCUUCAGACUGUGUUCAUUUGCGUAUGAUGUGUGGCAUAUGACAUUAAAGUAAAUGCUAUUUGUUUCUUAAUUUGUUGGCUGGAAUUCCCAAUAAUCCAUCUGUUUAUCAAUAUUUGCUUGCUAUUACUCAAUUGUUCAGUGGAUCAUGAGAUGGUAAAAGGGAUCUUAAGUUUAUAUG